AUUAUCGCUUGCAGGUUCCUAAAAUUCGGAAAUUACUUGAUCAUCAACCAAAGAAUAUUAACAGAAGACCUGUUAAAAAAUGGAUAAUGUUGACGAUGAUAUCGGUCUUGGAAAACAAAAGCUUUCAAAAAUUGCAAAGGUGAAGAAUAAGCAGCCAGCCCCGGUGCAGAUAACAGCUGAGCAGCUGCUGAGAGAAGCUAAGGAGAGGGAACUUGAACUUGUUCAACCUCCUCCGAAGCAAAAAAUAUCUGAUGCUGCUGAGUUGAGAGAUUACCAGAUGAGAAAAAGAAAGGCCUUUGAAGACAACAUCAGAAAGAAUAGAUCUGUCAUUGCCAAUUGGUUGAAAUAUGCUAGCUGGGAGGAAAGCCAGCAUGCUUUGAGAAACGCUAGAUCAGUUUACGAACGCGCCCUCGAUGUCGACCAUCGGAACAUUACCAUCUGGCUGAAGUAUGCCGAAAUGGAAAUGAAAAACAAGCAGAUCAACUCUGCCCGAAACGUGUGGGAUAGGGCCGUUACAAUCCUGCCAAGGGCCAAUCAAUUUUGGUAUAAAUACACCUACAUGGAAGAACUAUUGGGCAACAUGGCCGGUUGUCGUCAGGUGUUUGAAAGAUGGAUGGAAUGGGAGCCUGAAGAACAAGCCUGGCAUUCCUUUAUCAAUUUUGAGUUGAGAUACAAAGAGUUAGAUAGAGCAAGAGUUUUGUAUGAGAGAUUCGUGAUCGUUCAUCCUGAGGUCAAAAACUGGAUAAAGUAUGCGAGAUUUGAAGAGAAGAACGGCUUUAUAGCUAGCUCUCGUAGAAUUUACGAACGGGCUGUGGACUACUUCGGCGAUGAACACAUCAAUGAGCAGCUUCUGAUCGCGUUUGCCAAAUUUGAAGAAGGGCAGAAAGAGCAUGAGAGAGCUCGCGUUAUUUACAAAUUCGCUCUCGACCGUCUGCCAAAAGACAAAUGCGACGAAAUCUACCGCCUCUACACAAUACACGAGAAGAAAUUCGGUGACAGGUCAGCCAUUGAAGAUGUCAUAGUCAGUAAGAGAAGGUUUCAUUACGAAGAGGAGGUGAAACAGAACCCGUUCAACUACGACGCCUGGUUCGAUUACGUUCGCCUUCUUGAAAGUGAUGAUGGUGACGGGGUGCAGGUGAGGGAGAUUUAUGAGAGGGCAAUCUCUAACGUACCCCCGUCCGCUGAGAAACGCCAUUGGAGGAGGUACAUAUACCUGUGGAUCAAUUACGCCCUCUACGAAGAAUUACAAGCCCGUGAUUACGAAAGAACGAGACAGGUUUACAAGGCAUGUUUGGACUUAGUUCCCCACAAAAAAUUCACCUUUGCAAAAGUCUGGGUCAUGUUUGCCAAGUUUGAAAUUAGGCAGAAAAAUCUUCCAGGCGCUAGAAAAAUAAUGGGUACAGCGAUAGGAAAGUGCCCCAAAGAUAAAUUAUUCCGCCAGUACAUAGAACUGGAAUUGCAGCUGAGAGAAUUCGAUCGCUGUCGAGCUCUCUACGAAAAGUUUUUAGAAUUUUCACCGGAAAACUGCAACACUUGGAUAAAGUACGCAGAACUUGAGACCAUCCUAAAUGACAUAGAGCGAGCUAGGGCUAUAUACCAACUCGCCAUAUCACAACCACAGUUAGACAUGCCUGAAAUACUAUGGAAGGCGUUCAUCGACUUCGAAACGAAACUUGAAGAAUUUGAUAACGUACGGCGUCUGUAUAAGGAACUCCUUAAGAGAACUCAACAUGUCAAGGUUUGGAUCAGCUAUGCCCAGUUCGAACUGUCGGUGGCAGAUGAGAACAGUGUUAGGAAGUGUCGCGAGGUGUACAGGCAGGCUAACAAAGAAAUGAAACUCAACGACGCCAGAGAGGAGAGGGUCAUGCUACUCGAUGUUUGGAAACAGUUCGAGUUUGACCACGGAGAUGAGCACUAUCUGAUGUCUGUCGAGAAGUUGCAGCCGAGCAAAGUCAAGAGAACGAGAAGGGUCGAAACGCAAGGGAGUGAACAAAGUUACUUCGAAGAGUAUUACGACUACAUAUUCCCAGACGAGGAAGGAGCAAAACCAAACCUCAAGAUCCUGGCCAUGGCAAAAUCAUGGAAAAAGCAGGAACAAGAAGAACAAUAAUGGCCACAUCGAUAAAAACUUUUUUUUAUUUUAUUGUUUGGCGCGAGCAUACGUAAUAUCAACCUAUUACUUUUUCAUUAUUAUAAAUAUAGUAUGUCAGUAUGUCAUAAAUUUUUCAUAAGACUGUUUCAGUAUCAUAAUUCAUUAUUAUUAGUAUUGUUAUUAUUAUUACUAUUAUUUAUUUUUAAUAUAAUGUAACACAGAAAUAGAAUCGCUAAUUUUCAAAAGCAAAAACGAGUCAGGCGCAAUUCGUGACUCAUCCAACCAAUCGUCUCGUACAUCCUUCCAAUAACGACCAUUUCUCGAUUUUAUUAAUCAAAUUAAAAUAAAUUACCUAAUCCAAUUUAAAUUAUGAUCUAACGACAAAUGAUACGGGUUUUUUUUUACAUUUACAUUGUUUAAACGUUUACAUUUCUUACAUAUACAAAAAUGCUUAAAGUAAAGAUUCGCGCUUUCUCAAAUCGACUAUGAAAGUUUUCUAGAUUUAUUCUUACAGACAAUACCAUCCCCUUAUUCUGCAAGAGCUGAGCUGGCUUGAAUAAAUUGGGCGCUCUAUGUUCUCAAAUCUGUAGUUAAGAUGAAUUUUUCAUGUAAUUCUAUCUUGUAGUUUUUAGUAGUAGUAGUAGUAUCUGUCCUGACUGACCCAAACGAACAGACACAUUCUGGGACAGUAUCUUUUUACUGUCUGUUAAGUUAGCUCGUCCGAUUCAGUUAACGCUUCGUUAUUCUUCACACCGGAAAUAAAGCCGACAAAAGCGGAAACUUGGGCAAUGAUGAAAUGGUUAAAAGUGAUUAAAAUAAAUAAAAUUAGCUUCAUAUCACGUCAUACUAUUACGCCAUUCCAUCAUUUAGCAUUUUAUCAUCGGCUAGUAGCGACGAUUCAAGUUCGCAGGCAGAUGUGUACAAAAAAUAAUCAUCGAAACCAUCAUCAUUAUCAUCCAUACCGUUAUCAUCACCACCACCACCACCAUAGAUACAAAUAUCAUUAUCAACAUCAUUCUUAUCAAAACUGCAAAUGGCGUUCUGGACAUUAUUAUCGAUGUUGUUGAUAUCUAUGGCGCCGAUGACGUCAUCACAGCUAUCGUCAUCAAUAACAUCCGGCCUCACUGGUUCUAUGCUUCUAUUGUCGUUUUUGUCGUUGUUCUUGUUGUUGUUGUUAUUAUUGUUGUUAUUGUUUUCAUUAAUCUGUAAGCAUUUGUCCACGUUGAACUCCACAGUAGGAGGUAAGGGAAAUUCUUGAGAUUUGAACUGGCUACAUUCAGGGUCGAAGCACUUCUGAAACCAGACAUUUCUGAUCAUGUCAACAAUUAUUCUGAUAUUAUUACUUUUAUGAAAUCUAUUGGCGAUUCUACAGAAUCUGUUGUUGGCAACAUCGUAAAUGAGAAGCCAGCGUUCUUUGAUUAGGAACUUUUUACGAAUUCGACCUACGACUCCGCCAAUGUGAAUUAAACUUUCAACAAAUUCAUCAACGUUAUUAUUGUUGUUGUUAAUGUCAUUAUUUGAUGUGUUGUUGUCGUUGUUGUUGUUGAUGUCAUUGUUUGAUGUGUUGUUGUUGUUGAUGUCAUUGUCUGAUGCGCUGUUGUUGUUGUUGUUGUCAGACACCUUGCUACCUUGAACAGCGUUAAAAACUGGCAGUUGUACCAAUGAAUUUUUGUUAGGUUGUUGUUGUUCUAAUAAUGUUCCAUUUGAAAUCAGACAUUGUCGUUGUUUUUGUUGUUGCAGUUGUUGAAGAAAUGACGUCAGAAAAUUAUUGCCGUCACAAUAAACUGCCUUGGUGUCCGGUGUGGCCGAAAUGUUGCAGACUAGAGAUUUCAUGAAGAUAUCUCGAUGGUGCUGCUCAUUCUCCUUAUCAACCGCCACAUCAUCAUCAUCAUCAUCCUCAUCAUUACCACCACCACAACCACCACCAACGACAUCAUUAUCAUCACGACCACCGACAGCAGUGACGUCAUCAACAGCUGGAUGGAACGCUGCUGCUGUAGCCACUGACGUUGUUGAUGACGAUGAUGUAGAUAAUGAUGAUGAU